AUGGUGGCGAGACUUCGUCUCGGCAGGUUCAACCAUGCCACAAAGGUGUUCGAAGUUAGGGCGUACCCCAGAGGCGACGCGCAUUGUUCUCGCCCGGACAAUGUGGCAAAUAUGCGAGGACUACCGGCUAGAGGACGUAGCCGGCCAAAGAAGCUAGUCCGCCAUCGCCAACAACAGCCAGUGCGUUUGGCAACACUUAACGUUGGGACGCUUACUGGAAGAAGUCGUGAACUGGCAGAUAGUCUCAGAAAACGCCGUGUUGGCAUAUGUUGUGUACAAGAGACUCGCUGGAAAGGCUCCAAAUCAAGGGAAUUAGGCGAUGGCUACAAGCUCAUCUUCCACGGCACAUCAAGUCGCGAUGGCAUUGGUGUCACAUUGAACGAGACGUUUUGA